UCCCAGUCGGUAAAGCAGAGCUCUCCCUUCUUUUUGUCCAUAAAAGUGAUGUGAUUGACAUUUUCUAUCAACAAAUUUCAUUCCUGAUUAUUGUUAUUUAGUAAUUACAAUCUCGGAGUGCUGCGGUCGCAAAGCUAUGCACAGUCUAACACUGGAAGGUCAGUACACGAACACGAAUGGGGCUGCCAGUACGGAGAAGGUCGUCAUCUUGGACGCGGGGGCCCAAUACGGCAAACUCAUCGAUAGGAAGGUGAGGGAGUUGAAUGUCGAAAGCCACAUCUUGCCAUUGGACACGCCGGCGUUCAAUAUCAAAGAAGGGGGCUAUAAAGCGGUCAUCAUUUCCGGGGGGCCCAAUUCGGUCUAUGCAGAGGAUGCGCCCCGAUACGAUGGCGAUAUCUUUCGGAUAGGGCUGCCGGUCUUAGGGAUUUGCUAUGGGAUGCAGAUGAUGAAUAAGGAAUUUGGGGGCUCCGUUAUUAGAAAAGACAGUCGCGAAGAUGGACAAUACAAUGUCGAAGUCAACACGAAAUGCAUUCUUUUUAAAGGCUUGGACAAGCUCCAGACUGUUCUCCUCACCCACGGUGACGCAAUCGACAAAGUCGCUGAGAAUUUCCGACCGAUCGCUCAAAGCUCCUCCUUUUGCGCCGGCAUCUGCAACGAGAAACUCCGCCUUUACGGUCUCCAAUUCCACCCCGAGGUCGACCUCACACCCAACGGCAAAACCAUCCUUAAGAAUUUUCUCUUUGACGUAGCCGGUCUCACUGGCACUUACACAAUGACCAGUCGCGAGAAAGAAUGUCUCAAAUACGUAAAAAACGCCGUAGGAAACAACAAAGUCUUGUUAUUGGUCAGCGGAGGCGUGGAUAGUACUGUUGCGGCCGCCCUUUUACACAAAGCCCUUCGACCGGAUCAAAUAAUCGCCAUUCAUAUAGACAACGGUUUUAUGCGAAAAAAUGAAAGCGCGAAAGUGUACCAAUCGUUGCUGAAAAUUGGACUGAAUUUGAGGGUGGUUAAGGCGGCGAGUACUUUCAUGGAAGGGACGACUGUAGUACCGGUGGAUAAACACGAAACUACUUUAAGAACGACCUUGACUAACAUGUUGUGCAAGACGUGCGAUCCUGAAGAGAAACGCAAGAUAAUCGGUGAUGUUUUUAUGCGAGUUUCGGAUGAAAUCAUCUCUGAUUUGAAUUUAAAACCCGAGGAAGUUGUCUUAGCUCAAGGGACAUUAAGGCCUGAUUUGAUUGAAUCAGCGUCGGCUUUGGUUUCCACCAAAGCCGAUACGAUUAAAACCCAUCACAAUGAUUCCGAACUAGUGCGAAAGUUGCGUUCGGAAGGACGUGUCGUUGAGCCUUUGAAGGACUUCCACAAGGAUGAAGUCCGGGCUUUGGGACGCGAUUUAGGUGUCACACCGGAAUUGGUAAUGCGACAUCCAUUUCCAGGUCCCGGAUUAGCAAUUCGUGUCUUGUGCGCCGAAGAGCCUUACAUGGAACGCGACUUCAGCGAGACCCAAGUCCUAGUUAAGAUAAUCGUCGAGUUUGAUCAAAUGUUGCAAAAGAAACACGCCUUAUUGAAUAGGGUGGAAGCGGUGACCAAUAAUGAGGAGAGGAAUGUCUUAAGGAAGAUUUCGAGUAAGCAGAAGUUGGCUGCGAUGUUGUUACCGAUUAGGAGUGUGGGGGUACAGGGGGAUUGUCGGUCGUAUAGUUACGUCGUGGGGAUUUCAAGUGAGAAAGAACCCGAUUGGGACGAUUUGAUGUUUUUGGCUUGUCUUAUACCGAGGAUUUGUCGAAAUAUUAAUCGAGUUUGUUAUGUGUUUGGGGGGCUGGUUAAGGAGCCCAUUUUGGAUAUUACCAUCACGUAUCUGACGAGUCAUGUUUUGGCGACGUUGAGACAGUGUGACGACGUUGCCACCACAGUUUUACAGAACAGUGGUCACAUGAACUCAGUGAGUCAAAUGCCUGUGAUUCUGCUACCUUUACACUUUGACAGGGACCAGGCAUUGCGGAUCCCUUCUUGUCAAAGGUCGAUAGUGUUGCGACCAUUUUGCACGCGUGAUUUUAUGACAGGAAUGCCAGCCGUACCUGGAAAACAACUGCCUUUAGAUGUUGUGCAGAAAAUGGUCGUAGAGAUAUUACAAGUCCCUGGUAUUUCUCGGGUACUUUAUGAUUUAACAUCAAAACCACCUGGCACAACAGAAUGGGAAUGAUAAUCUUAUAAAUUAUUAAUUGUGUAAUUUGUUAGCAUGGACAGACUAUAAGACGGUUUCCUGUUUUUAUUCUUUAAAAAAAAAUAUUAUAUAUGGUUGUUGAGAAAAAUAAGGCGACUGUGUUUUGUUACGACUUUAUUUUUUAAUUACACUUGGCUCAAAAAAAACUAUGAUUUGUAUACGUUGAUUGUGCACCUUUUUUCAGACAAAUAACGGAAUUAUAUUGUUAUUGCGAAAUAUGCUAUUUUUUAUUAUUAAAGUGGCAACUUGCACUUUGUAUAUUUAACUUAUUUUUACUUUCCAUUGUGUUAAUAAAAGUCAAUUCUAUUAAA